GGAAUAUUUACUGUUAUUAUGCUUCUUUUAGGGAAUCUAAAUGUGACCAACAAUAAACUCAUGUCAUAAUAGUGAAGUGAGGGCUUAGAGAGAGAAAGCUCUGUCUUCUCACUAGAUCUAAAACGUGAAAAGUGCCGCCGGCCGACGGAGUGGGCUUCCACAGCCACCGUCGGUCCGGUUUGUUUUUCUGUUUUCUUUUAAGCUGUCUCUCUAUCUUUUUAAUCUUGCAUGUUCUCCCUUUUGAUUUUCCGUUUCCGGGAGAUGGAAGCUUUCACAGCUCCGUCGCCGUCGGUGUUGUCUCCGAGAGGUGGAGGCUUCUACAGCUCUGCUAUCGUCGGUUUUUGUUUCUGGGAGGCGGUGGCUUCUUCAGCACCGCUAUCGUCGGCUCUUGUUUCCGGGAAGCGGUGGCUUCUUCAGCACCGCUAUCGUCGGCUCUUGUCUCCGGGAGGUGGUAGCUCCUUUAGUACCGCUAUCUCCGGUCUUGUUUCUUUAUGUUCCCAUGGUUCUUUUUCGGUUUUUCUCGAUCUCUGAGUAUGCGCUUUAAGAGACUUUCAGCCUCUUGAACUUUUAUCUGAAACCGCUUUUGUAUGUGGGUGAUGAAGAUUCGAUUGUAGGCGUGUAACCGUUUAGAUGUGCUCGUAGAUCUGUGUUGGUCUGUGGUGGUUCUGUUGGCUUGGGAAUCGGAUGAGACCUCAAAGUGUUUGAUGGAUGCUCUCCGGUGAAAGUUUCCCAGGCGGCGAAAAUCACGUUAUCUCGAUCUGUUGGAAAUGUGGCGAUGUUGGUGUUGGUGUGCUGGAGGAAGCUAGGGUUUUCAAGUUUGGGUUUUGGAAUUUAAGCCCAUUAUGUUUGGUUUCUAGUUGGGCCGUUUGUUUGUUUGGGCCUUUUGUUUUAAUGAUGUAUCUUUGUUGGGCUUUGCCCUUAUUAUUAAAAAUUCAGAUGGAAAAAAAAAAAAAAUGUGACCAACAAGCCGGGUUUCAUCACCACUCUUUCAAACUAAGUUUUGAACCAAAUAAUUUAUCAAUUAAAAUGUGUGAAACAA